GAAAGUGGAGGUGCAGCUAUCCCUUGCUUAAGUCGUCAGAACCACAACUAAAUAUUCAAGACUGUCGGCGAUUUCAAUGCACAAUGUAAUUUACGUUGUUCUGUUUCAUUCAGCCCACCAAUUAUUCGUUCAUUGUAUUUCUAACGUCGGCGUUUUCGUUAUCUUUCGUCAUUUAUGAAGACUAGAGAUAUCAGCGCCAAGCGGAUAGGCGCGGAGUUGUCCGUUCGUUUCUUUGUUGAUCAUCAUGCAUCAUGUUUCUAAAGCUGCUGUCGUGAAGUGUGGCGGUGAAGAGAAGAAGCCAGUUUCAUGGCGGAGUGUGUGAGGGAGCUGCUCCAGCUGUGUCUGCAGCGGGUCGCCGUGGAGGAGACCGUGGCCUGCGAGCUCGAGUUCAUCCAGGUGGCAAAGAAUUAUGAAGAUGUCCGGAAGAAAUGGCUGCAAGCAGAGGUUGAGCUGAAGAAACUUAAGGAACUGCUGGUUAAAUCGGAUGUGGCUAAGGCUUCACUGGAGGUGAAGCUGAAACAUGCCCGGAACCAGGUGGAUGUGGAGAUGAAAAAGCGCUACAAGGCUGAGGCAGACUACCAGUACUUGGAGCGACAGAUGCAGUUGAUGUGUGAUAUAUUGGUACACGACAGCAAGUCAAGUGCUUGUCUGAAUGACGAACAGAGGUCAGUGCUGGCCAGCUUUAAUCACAGAGGGGCAAAUCUGCCUCAACAAAAAAUAAAGAGGUUAUCUGUUAUUGAUGAAUCGUCUUUCUUGUUUCACUCUGAUGUCAGUUACGACAGAAGUGAUGAUGACCUGGAUUUGGACUCAACUGUCAUCAAACCUCUCAAGUCAAGAGCACGAGAAAAAAGGCGUUCUUCCAUGGGCCCAAAUAUUGGCCCUCCAGUUCUGAAAAGGGGGAGGGUCAGCGGACGCUCCGGAGACAUGCUGGUGGAUCGAAAAGCAGACAAAGAGGUUGAAACGACAGUGGUGAAAGCCUCUGUCACAACUCCUGAGAGCGGAGGUCAAAUUCACAUGGUUAUAGACAUCACCAAAGACUCCCCUGACCCCCCAAAGACAUUAAGAAGUGAACAAUUGCCUGUGGUAGCAGAGCAGACAUCAGUUUGGACUCACAGUGAUGAAACAAAUGCUGAAAGCCAAAUUGUUGUAGAGAAGCAGAUUGUCCAGUCCUUUGAAGUUCAACAAGUAUUUACCCCUGUUGUUGAUAAAACCUUAAAACAUGUCUUCCUCUCCAAAACGGUGAUCCGACCUGAAACAUGCAUGCCAUGCAGAAAGCGUAUCCGAUUUGGGAAGUUGGCAUUAAAAUGUCGAGAUUGUCGACUGGUGGCCCACCCAGAGUGCUCAUCCUUGUGUCCCUCUGACUGCUCACCCAGCUUCCCUGGACCUGUGCACAAGUUCUCUGAGGAUACACUGGAGAGUUUUGCUCCUCUAAUGCAGCCUCGGAUUCCUCACAUAAUAGUGCAGUGUGUGAAUGAAAUAGAAAAACGAGGACUGGAAGAGAGAGGAAUUUACCGAGUUCCUGGUGGUGAACGUGCGGUAAAGGAGCUGAGGGACAAGUACAUCCUCGGGAAGGGGCCACUCACGCUUGGAAAAGUGGAGGAGAUCCAUGCAAUCUGUGGCCUUCUGAAAGACUUUCUCAGGAAGCUCCGGGAACCUCUUGUCACCUUCAGGCUGCACAGAGCAUUCAUGGAUGCCUGCGAAAUUGAGGACGAAGAUGCUAGUUCUGCAUUGAUGUUCGAGGCCAUUGGGAAUCUGCCGCAGGCAAACAGAGACACGCUGGCCUUCCUCAUGUUGCACCUGCAGAAAGUCAUGCAGAGCCCCCAGUGUCAGAUGGACCGAAACAAUCUGGCCCGUGUGUUUGGUCCAACCAUUGUAGGACAUGGCAUGCCUGAACCCUCCCCACUGACCAUCAUGAAGGACACAAAUGCUCAGCCCAAAGUGGUUGCCUGCAUGCUGUCCUUCCCAGCAGAGUAUUGGAAAGGCCUCAUUGUGGUAGAGAGGGAUCAGAUCAUUUCUUCUGUGAUUGAUGCCAACCUCAAUAAUAAUGCAAACAGCACAGACAGAGACCGUCUUUUCAAGCCUCUGACAUCCCCUGAGUUAAAUAAAUGUCUCAAGACUCCUGCCAGUGGUAUGCUGAAAGGAAAAAUCAGGAACCUGGGCACAGCCUUCAACAGCAUAAACAAGACCAAGCCUGACAUAAACAAGAAAAAAUUCUUUACAUCUCCAAGCUGAUAUAGUCCAUUUCAAAAUGUGUACAAAUUGUUAUAAAUUUAGUUAUUAAUACAGAGAUAAAAUGCCAAAUGGUUAAAACAUAUAACAUGUGUAGAACCCACUAUUAUGAGUGGGAAGGUCAUGUUCUUUUGAGUACAGCAGUUGCUGCAAUUAAAAGUUGCAAAGUAAUGCUUAAUUAGCAGUUACAUGUUUAGCUAUCUGGAUUUUGAAUGUUGCACUUGUCAUGGGUGUCUUCAGAGUCGAGCCCUAGAAUUGAUUGA